GUUAUACCGUAUUGAUCUUUGCUGACAUUUCAUUCGCUUGCCUCGCUCUUAGUGUGUGUGUUUGUUUUUCCCUGUCUUCUCUUAUUCCUACUAUUUCCCUCUUCUUUUAUUGUUGUUCGUUCGUGACAGCGCAGCUCUCCGAGCAUCUCCCACUAAGCCAACAAAAAAAAAUUUCUCUUCUUAACGAUGAUCUACAUUGACACGUGGAUUUGGGCCAUCUUCUGCUACAUCUGCGGAUGGAUCGGACUCCUCAGUAUCCUGACCUACUUGAUCGCCAUCGCGAUUGAGCAGAUCGCCCUGUACUUCCCGCAGGACCUCGCGAAGAAGUACAAGGCGAAGUGGGGCCUCGUGACCGGCUCCAGCAGCGGCAUCGGCAAGGCGAUUGCCGAAAAGCUUGCGGGCCAGGGCAUCAGCGUCGUCCUCGUGGCACUGGAUGACAAGAUUCUGGAGGACACCUUCCAGGAGCUGCAGAAGAAGUACCCGCGCGUCGAGUUUCGAAAGGUCGGUGUCAACCUCGCCGCCAAGGAUUACGCCUACAUGGCGGACAUCAAGAGCAAGACAGACGACCUGGAGAUCAACGUUCUCUUCAACAACGCGGGCUACAUCUGCACUGGCCUCUUCGCGGACACCGACCUGGAGCGCCUGCGCUGCAACCUCGAGUGCAACGCGGGGUGUGCCGUGCCGAUCACGCACCACUUCCUGCGCAAGAUGAUCGAGCGCAAGGUGAAGGGACUCAUCACCUUCACCUCCUCCGCCUCCUGCUACCUGCCGGGGCCGACCGCGACCCUCUACAGCCCCUCGAAGGCGUUCCUUACCAACUUCGGCAGCACCAUCGCCGCGGAGAACCACGACCUCGGCAUCGAUGUCGUCGUCAUCCACCCUUCCCCGGUGAACACAAACUUCUACAAGAACGAAGGGCCGUCGCUCAACUCGCUCAAGGCGGCGCAAAAGGCCGCCGCGUCGCCGAUGAACAUUGCUGAUCAGAUCUUCGCCUCUGCGGGUCGUCUGACCGUGUGGGACCAGGGUACGACGUGCGCCGUCUUCCGCGUUGUGAACAAGAUCCUUGACUUCCAGAUCUUUACGGAGAUUGUCACCCGUUUUGCGUUUCUGAAUGGCGACCACAGCCGCCUAAAGAAGGAGUCGAAGCUGCGCCAGGGCAAGGAGUAG